AUGUCCCUCAUGACGACAGCUCAGCUCACACGGGCGGCUUCGGCUUACCGGGUAUGUGUAUGGCUUUGGCCACUGUUGUGUACUCGUAUUCGAUCUCGAUCUCUCGAUCUCGAGCUGACGCUCGUUUCGAUCCCCACUCCUCGGCUCCCGGCACCAGGCUUUAUUGCGAGCCCAGCGCAUAACAUUCAAGGGCGACGAAUAUGCAUUGAACAGUCAGUUCAUUUGGUUCCCAGUGCAUCAACGUGCACUUGGGCUAACCACAAUUCCUCUGUUCCUUCCCCGCCGUCUAUGCGGCGAACCCUGCUUCAUCUCAUUUUCCCCUCCCCAUCAUUGCAUCCACCACCUCACAGAAGCGCACCAACAAACCCGCGUCCUCUUCAACAAGUUCAUACCCUCCGCCUCGGCACUACAAAAUCAAGCCGGACCUUCCUUGGAACGACCGUCCUUGUCCUCGACCGAGAUCGACGAGCACAUCCAAUCGGCUCAUGAAAUCGCUGCUUAUCUUCGGAAGAAUGUGGUGCAAGGGAUCAAGAAUGAGGAGGGAAAUUAUAGUGCGUUUCCAAGUGUACUGUUAUGGGCCACUCUUGGGUUUCAGUCGAGAUGAGGGCCGACUUUCAUAGGGCCUGCAUCUGAUCGCGCCCGUGGUGGUUACUCUCUUCGCACAGCACUUCGCUUCACGGAAGAAACAGAACGAGGCGACAACUCGACCAUCAGAGCACCUUCAGCAAGCGAGGCCAGACCUUUAAGACCACCGAGGGAGGUCCCGAGUGAGAAUCAGGGCGUCAGGAGCAGGAGGAGGGCCCAGCCGAAGCUGGAGCCAUGCUGUGGUGGGGGUGCUGCAGCUGGGGUGGAGACGACAAAGAGCGUUGCGACCUCAUGA